GUGCGUGCGCGUCCGCGUGAUAUUUGCACAGUCAUGGCGCUGGAAUCUCUUCCCUCUCUUGUCGUGACAACUACUCCCGUGUUGUAUCACUUCUUCCUCUUCAAUGGAGCACAUCCGCACGCCCACGGGAGAUUUUUAACUCAUUUCUCUUUAUCUGUGUUUUAAACCCACUUAGGAACUCCUGAAAAGACAUUUACGUCCACUUAAAAACGAGACUUUUUCGGACUUUUUCGCCGAGCAGAUGUUCGAGAGGGAGGUUCACCGAGGAUCACCACGCCAUAAGGAGGAUUCCAAAUCGGCCACGAGUCAACAACCGAUACGUCCGAUUGGAUCUUGUUGCCGACUCGCUGCAUAUUGACCGGUGGAUCAGGAUUUCCUUCCGUCGGCCAUGUUGGAGCGAAAAGAGGGAGCCGCAGUCAGCCCGGCAAUCACUGGAUUUUAACUGGAGCGUCGAUGGAGCGUACGGACAUGAAUUAAAGACCCAAAGACUUAUGGGCUAAAUUGAGUGAACUGUCGCCCCGCGAUGCAUUGCCCAUUGAGGAAGAAGCCGCCGGUGCGAGGCUCGGACUUCUCGGCCAUCGCAGUGCCCUCCAUGCACGGAUCGGGCUACCUGGACUACACGGUGGAGAGUCACGCCUCCAAGUCGCUGAAGAUCAUGGACGAGUUCAGGAGGCAGGAGAUGCUGUGCGACUUGGUGCUGCGUGUCACCAACAAGGACAAGACCAUAGAUUUCAAGGUGCACAAGCUGGUGCUGGCCUCCUGCAGCCCCUACUUCCGGGCCAUGUUCACCAGCAAUUUCAAGGAGUGCAACGCCUCCGAGGUCACCCUGCGCGACGUCUGUCCCCAAGUGCUGGGGAGGCUCAUUGACUUUGCUUACACAUCGCACAUCAUCGUGGGCGAGAAGUGUGUGCUGCGCGUACUCUUGGCUGCCAUGAGGUUCCAGAUGGAGGACGUGGCCAAAGCAUGCUGCGAUUUCCUAACCAAGCACCUGGAGUCGUCCAACGUAAUCGGCAUCACGCGCUUUGCCGAGGAGCUCGGAUGCGCCGAGCUGUACCAAUGUGGCCGCGAGUACAUCAACACGCACUUCAGCGAGGUGACAAAAGAAGACGAAUUCUUCAGCCUGUCUCACUGCCAGCUGCUGGAGCUCAUAAGUCAGGACAGCAUCAAGGUGCUCUGUGAAUCGGAGGUGUACAAAGCGUGUACAGACUGGGUGCGAUGGGACAUGGAGAAUCGAGCGCAGUAUCUUCACGCCCUCCUGAAUGCUGUCCACAUCUACGCCCUUCCCCCAAAGUUCCUCAAAAAUCAGCUUUUGUCAUGCCCCAUCCUCAGCAAGGCCAACGCUUGUAAGGACUUCCUGUCGAAAAUCUUCCAGGAAAUGACGGUGAGGAUGGUUCCUCCAGCGCCCAUUCGUGGAACACAACUCAUCUAUGUGGCCGGCGGAUACAGGGAGCAUUCCCUGGCCACCAUGGAGGCUUACGACCCCGUCCGCAAAGUGUGGCUGAAACUGGCCGACAUGGCGACUCCCAGCAGCGGCCUCGGUGCUUGCACGCUCUUUGGCCUGCUCUACACGGUGGGCGGCAGGAACCUGUCACUGGAGAGCAUGACUGAGUCCAGCGCGCUCUGCUGCUACAACCCCAUGACCAACCAGUGGAGCCAGCGCGCGCCGCUCAACGCGCCUCGCAACCGGGUCGGGGUGGGCGUGGUGGACGGCUGCAUCUAUGCCGUGGGCGGCUCGCAGUGCUCCACGCUGCACAACACUGUGGAGCGGUGGGACCCCGAGACCAAUAGUUGGUCCUUCGUGCGGCCCAUGCAGGUGGCCCGCCUGGGGGCCGGGGUGGCGUCCUGCGGAGGGGCGCUGUACGUGGUGGGCGGUCUGGAUGGGCAGAGCCGAUCCAACGUGGCCGAAAAAUACCAGCCGGAUACAAACACCUGGCAUCAGCUGGCCCCUAUGAGCACCGCACGCAGCGGACUGGGGCUGGUGUGCAUCAACGCUCACCUGUACGCCAUCGGCGGCUACGACGGAGUCAAUCAGCUGGCCACGGUGGAGCGCUACAACAUAGCUCGGAACACGUGGGUGGCCCGGGCGUCCAUGCAGUGCUGCCGGAGCACGCACGGUGUGGCCGUGCACCAGGGAUGCAUCUUUGUGCUCGGCGGAUUCAACCAGCACGAAUUUGUGUCCAGCGUGGAGUGCUACUGCCCCGAGAGGAACGAAUGGACAUACGUGAGCGACAUGCCGCUGGGGCGUAGCGGCAUGGGCGUGGCCGUCACCAUGGAGCCGUGUCCCGCCAGCCUGCCCCCGCAGCAGGACGACGAUGACGACGACCACUGACGGAUGCUUUCGUAAGUGGAUGCCUUGGACAAACGUCAAGUGGAUUCCUGCAGGUGGACCUUUUUAUUCUUGUUGUUUUUUUUUUUUUUACGUGAAUUCACGACGACAAAGGUGCUACAACUACAGUGGUGUCUUGUGAUAGGACUUGAAGUCAUUCCUUGACCACGCUCGUAUCUUUAAAUAAUUUUUCCCCAAAAAGUAUUUUUCUUAAAUUCACAAAAAAUAUCAUAUUGAUCUUAAUAUUGAUGUAUAGUAAUGUACUUUAUAAAAACAUACAAUAAUGACCAUUCAAUAGAAGAAUCAAACACACCCUUUGCAUCAAAUGAAGGGUUGUAUCACGUGUUUCCCAUUUUGUGUUAACAUUAGGCAAGGCAAGGAAGUUUUAUUUAUGUAGCAAUACACAAGGCAACUCUGCUUCACACACACAAAGUCAUAACAACUAAAAACAUUUACAAACACUUUGAACAAGAGGCACGAACUGAAUUUAAAAAAAGGAAAAAAAAUUAUGACCUGAUGUUGUGAAGUCUUUGACCGCCAUCUAGUGGUGGAGGUCUGAAGCGCACUCAUACCUCAAAGCACCAAUACAUGAAUUGUACGUUUGAAUUCUUUGUUGUCAUUCCUCUCAAUGAGUUUCAGCCAAUAUGUGUAUGUGUUUACUCCCUAUUCCACUUCCCUUCGAUAUUUUUUCAUGCGAAAAUAAAUACAAUCAAGCGUUUUCAUGUCUCUACCCCAGAGGUGCAGCCAAUUUUGUCACUGCAGCCAAACUACCACUAGAUGGUGCAAGAGGCCCAACAAAAGAACAUUUUUCAGCAUCCUUUAUUGCUGGAUGAAUGGCUUGUAUGUGUGUGUUUGUGUUAAAAUUAUUGACAUUUUUUUUUAGUUUGAUGCAUCUGAUUGUGUUGAGCGUUGUGGGGCACGAGUGUGGUUAGCUUUGUGUGUUUGGGUUGAGGGGGGGUGUCCAGACCACCACAGCAAUGUCACCUUCACGGCGUGGCUCCGUGGCGGUUGGCAUCCUUCACAAUGAAAUAGAUUAGCUUUGCAAGGCUGCAACGUUGAUAAGGUCACCACGCGCCAAGGUCACAAACACACAUACAGUUAACCCCACCCCCCACCCCCACCUCUUUUCACCAUCCUGUCACGCAUACUUCCGGGUGGCAAAAAACAUCAAUGGCAUCACUAGUAAACAAACCUUUACUUAUCCCUUAGCCAAGGCAGAGCAAGUAAAAUAUGAAGUUUCCACAUGUGGUAAAUUGCUUGGAAAGGGAGAUCAAACCAAAUUUGGAUGUAGUUAACACGAUCCUAUAGUUAGUGUUUAAUUGAUUGACUUUUCUGUUGCUCAGAUCAAUGGUACAAAUGUACUGUUUUGACCGUUAAAUGCAGGUGUGCCAAAAAAGAGGAUAAAGAAUGUAUGGCUUUCUGUAUCAUCAUAUAUCUGCAUGUGUUGCGGUAGAAUUUGUUUCAAAUGUCCAUUGUUCAAAUGGUUCGGAAACUGACUAUCAAGGCUAAACAUUAGCAUGUUAAUGGUGGUUUCCAUGAUGUGUGAGCUUUAAGUUGGUGCCAUUGUUCACUUGUUUUUAAAUACACAGCAUGAAAUUCUUUUUGUUUUGUGUUUAUUUUGAAAGUAAACUUUUACUGUGAGUGCCAUUAAA